AGUCUCCUUUUCCUGGCCAGCCCACCGACUACUGGGCAGCUGCUGUGCCCGCUCCUGGGCAUGUCCCUUCUCAGCAGCUAUGAGGGCUUGCGACAGGAGAUCCAGCGGCUGGCACAGGAGAAUGAAGAGCUACGGCGGCUGGUGCAGCUCAUCCAGGAGAACCAAGAGCUGAAGCUAGUCCUUAGGAGCAGGGGUAGCAGCCUGGGAUUCUGUAGCUCCUCCGGCUUCCUGGCAGAGGUGACUGCCAAUCCCCGGCUACCCAGGCGUAAGAUAAUCAAAUUCAAGGAUGCUGAGAGAGUUCUCCCAGGGGUACCAGCUGAAGAGAUACUGCUGGACUCCAGACCCACCACCAUGGGCAGCCCAGAAGGGCGAUUCCAUUUUGCCAUCGACCGUGGUGGCACCUUCACAGACGUCUUUGCCCAGUGCCCAGGAGGGCAUGUACGUGUCCUGAAGCUGCUCUCAGAGGAUCCUGCCAACUAUGUAGAUGCGCCCACAGAGGGCAUCCGCCGCAUCCUGGAGCAGGAGGGAGGUGUGUCGCUGCCUCGAGACCGACCACUAGAUACCAGUCGCAUUGCCAGCAUCCGCAUGGGUACCACAGUGGCCACCAAUGCACUGUUGGAGCGACGUGGGGAGCGGGUGGCACUGCUCGUGACACGGGGAUUCCGAGACCUGCUGCAUAUUGGCACCCAGGCCCGGCCAGAUCUCUUUGACCUGGCUGUGCCCAUGCCAGAGGUUCUGUAUGAGGAGGUGCUGGAGGUGGACGAGCGAGUGGUGCUGUACCAUGGAGAACCAGGGGCCGGAUCUCCUGUCAAAGGCCGCACGGGGGACCUGCUCGAGGUACAGCAGCCUGUGGAUCUGGGAGCCCUGCGUGGGAAGCUGGAGGGGCUCUUAUCUCGGGGCAUCCGCAGUCUGGCGGUGGUGCUCAUGCACUCAUACACGUGGGCCCAGCACGAGCAGCAGGUGGGCGCACUGGCCCGGGAGCUGGGCUUCACACACGUGUCCUUGUCCUCGGAAGCCAUGCCCAUGGUACGCAUUGUUCCCCGGGGGCACACGGCCUGUGCUGACGCCUACCUCACUCCCACCAUCCAGCGCUAUGUGCAGGGCUUCAGCCGCGGCUUCCAGGGCCAGCUAAAGGAUGUACAAGUACUCUUCAUGCGCUCUGAUGGUGGCCUGGCACCCAUGGAGGCCUUCAGUGGUUCUAGGGCUGUGCUUUCUGGCCCUGCUGGUGGUGUGGUUGGCUACUCAGCCACUACCUACCAGCUGGAAGGUGGUCAGCCUGUCAUUGGCUUUGACAUGGGAGGCACGUCCACAGAUGUGAGCCGCUAUGCUGGAGAAUUUGAGCAUGUCUUUGAGGCUAGCACAGCUGGUGUUACCCUCCAGGCCCCCCAGCUGGACAUCAACACGGUGGCCGCUGGUGGGGGUUCCCGCCUCUUCUUCAGGUCCGGCCUCUUUGUGGUUGGGCCAGAGUCAGCAGGUGCUCACCCAGGUCCUGCCUGCUACCGCAAAGGGGGUCCUGUGACUGUGACAGAUGCCAAUCUGGUCCUGGGUCGCCUGCUGCCUGCCUCUUUCCCCUGCAUUUUUGGACCGGGAGAAGACCAGCCGCUGUCCCCGGAGGCAUCCCGAAAGGCUCUAGAGGCUGUGGCCACUGAGGUCAACAGCUUCUUGACCAAUGGACCCUGCCCAGCUUCCCCACUAAGUCUGGAGGAGGUGGCCAUGGGGUUUGUGCGUGUUGCCAAUGAAGCCAUGUGCCGGCCUAUCCGUGCUCUCACACAGGCACGAGGCCAUGACCCCUCAGCCCACGUGCUGGCCUGCUUCGGAGGAGCUGGUGGGCAGCACGCUUGUGCCAUAGCCCGGGCCCUGGGUAUGGACACUGUACAUAUUCACAGGCACAGUGGGCUGCUGUCGGCACUGGGGCUGGCCUUGGCAGAUGUGGUUCACGAAGCCCAGGAGCCCUGUUCCCUGUCUUACACACCCGAAACCUUUAUGCAACUGGACCAGAGACUGAGCCGCCUGGAGGAGCAGUGUGUGGAUGCCUUGCGGGCCCAGGGCUUCCCUAGGUCUCAGAUCAGCACUGAAGGCUUCCUGCAUCUUCGUUACCAAGGCACCGACUGUGCCCUGAUGGUGUCUGCCCAUCAGCAUCCGGCCACAGCCCGCUCACCCCGUGCUGGCGACUUUGGAGCAGCCUUUGUGGAGAGGUACAUGAGAGAGUUUGGCUUCAUCAUUCCUGAGCGGCCGGUGGUGGUAGACGAUGUGCGAGUGAGGGGAACUGGCCGGAGUGGACUUCGGCUGGAGGACACCCGCAAAGCCCAGAGUGGACCUCCGCGGGUGGACAAGGUGACCCAGUGCUACUUUGAGGGGGGUUAUCAGGAGACCCCCGUGUACCUUUUAGGAGAGCUGGGCUAUGGGCACCAGCUCCAGGGGCCCUGCCUUAUCAUCGACAACAACAGCACCAUCCUCGUAGAACCAGGUUGCCAAGCAGAGGUGACUGAGACAGGGGACAUCCGCAUUUCUGUGGGAGCUGAGGCUCCCAGCAUGGCGGGCACCAAACUGGACCCCAUCCAGCUGUCUAUCUUUUCACACCGCUUCAUGAGCAUCGCUGAGCAGAUGGGCCGAAUCCUACAGCGCACAGCCAUCUCCACCAACAUCAAAGAGCGCCUUGACUUCUCCUGUGCCCUCUUUGGGCCAGAUGGGGGCCUGGUCUCCAAUGCGCCCCACAUUCCUGUGCAUCUGGGUGCCAUGCAGGAGACUGUCCAGUUCCAGAUUCAGCACUUAGGAGCUGACCUGCAUCCUGGUGACGUGCUGCUCAGCAACCAUCCCAGUGCCGGGGGCAGCCAUCUUCCUGACCUGACGGUUAUCACCCCGGUGUUUUGGCCAGGCCAGACACGGCCCGUGUUCUACGUGGCUAGCCGGGGGCACCACGCAGACAUUGGAGGCAUCACGCCGGGCUCUAUGCCUCCUCACUCUACCGCACUGCAACAGGAGGGUGCCGUUUUUCUGUCCUUCAAACUGGUCCAGGGAGGCGUCUUCCAGGAAGAGGCGGUGACAGAGGCCCUGCGGGCCCCGGGCAAGAUCUCUGGCUGUAGUGGAACCAGGAACCUGCAUGACAACCUAUCGGAUCUUCGUGCCCAGGUGGCAGCCAACCAGAAGGGCAUCCAGCUGGUGGGAGAGCUGAUCGGGCAGUAUGGCUUGGAUGUGGUGCAGGCCUAUAUGGGUCAUAUUCAGGCAAACGCUGAACUAGCAGUACGAGACAUGCUUCGGGCUUUUGGAACCUCCCGGCAGGUCCGGGGCCUGCCCCUCGAGGUGUCUGCGGAGGACCACAUGGAUGACGGCUCUCCUAUCCGCCUGCGUGUUCAGAUCAACCUGAGUCAGGGCAGCGCAGUGUUUGACUUCAGCGGUUCUGGGUCCGAGGUGUUUGGCAAUCUCAACGCCCCGCGGGCCAUAACGCUAUCUGCUCUCAUCUAUUGCUUGCGCUGUCUAGUGGGCCGUGACAUCCCGCUUAACCAGGGUUGCCUGGCUCCUGUGCGUGUAAUAAUUCCCAAAGCCUCCAUCUUGGACCCAUCCCCAGAGGCAGCAGUGGUGGGUGGCAACGUGCUCACGUCUCAGAGAGUAGUGGACGUCAUUUUGGGAGCUUUUGGGGCCUGUUCAGCCUCCCAGGGCUGCAUGAACAACGUGACCCUGGGCAAUGCCCGUAUGGGAUACUAUGAGACGGUGGCUGGUGGUGCGGGCGCGGGACCUGGCUGGCAUGGGCGCAGUGGUGUACACAGUCACAUGACUAACACACGCAUCACGGACCCGGAGAUUCUGGAGAGCCGGUACCCGGUUAUCCUGCGGCGCUUUGAGCUGAGGCCAGGCUCUGGGGGCCGAGGUCGCUUCCGGGGAGGUGAUGGCGUCAUCCGAGAGCUGGUCUUUCGGGAAGAGGCGCUGCUGUCCGUGCUUACCGAGCGCCGGGCAUUUCAGCCUUACGGCCUCCACGGGGGAGAGCCUGGUGCACGAGGUUUAAACCUCCUAAUCAGAAAGGAUGGGCGCACGGUGAAUUUGGGCGGGAAGACAUCUGUGACCGUGUACCCUGGGGACGUGUUCUGCCUUCACACGCCUGGCGGUGGGGGCUACGGAGACCCGGAGGACCCAACACCACCACCAGGCUCGCCCCCACUAUUUCCAGCCUUCCCAGAGCGGGGCAGUGUAUAUGAGUACCGCCGUGCCCAGGAAGCUGUGUGAGUGCCUCACAAUAAAGAUCCUUUGAGUUGCACGGUUA